AUGUGGACAAAUUGUGACACAAUUUACAAAAACAAUUGUCGAGUGAAAGUCGACAAAUCAGUGGUCACUGAAUCUCAGUUGAAACAAUUGAAGGCCUAUGAGGUGAGAGUUUCCAUACCCAUCAUGUGUUCGCACGUUCCGAACCGACCACUACUUCGGGCACCGAUCGGCUCGCAGACAGCCAUCAAUGGUUACGGAAGCAAAACCUAUGGAUCUGAAGACAAAUCUACGGUUUUUAAUCACACGGACGCUAAUGUACUGAAUCUGGUUAACGAAACCGUUGAUACCAAUGAUGCCAUCGAUGGCAACGGUAUUACCACUGAGACAGUGAAUGGCCUGAAGCCUAUGAGGCGCGGCAGAAGAAGCAGUGGCCGCAAAAAACUAAAGACGGAUUCGAGUAGUAGUAGUAGUAGUAGUAAAACCAGUUGUAGUGAUGGCACGAAGAAUAAGGAGAACAAAUUGGGUGACAAUUCAGAGCUCUCGCGAGUAAUUGGUUUACCGAAUAUCGAUAACACGUGUUAUAUAAACGCUCUCAUUCAGGUGUUGCGAAUAACACCUGGAUUUCGACAAUUUGUUUGUUAUCUAAACAAAACCAUUAAAAGCCCUAAAUAUGAAGAUUUACUCGAAGAAGAAGAGAAACAAUUGGUUUCGUGUCUACACGACAUUUACUAUAAAUUCAGCGAAAAUGAGUUGAAAUGUAAAGAAGCGAAGAGUAGUGGCGCGACAAACGAGUCCACAAUCACUGCAUUUAUUGAUUGUCAACUAUUGAAAAAUCGAUUCCCAUUCGGUCAACAACAGGAUUGUCAUGAGUUACUCGAUUGGCUUAUCAAUGAACUCAACAGUUAUACGCAAACACUGUUCGGGAACAGGCAGUCCAACACUCAGGCCAACACUCGUGUCAUCUCAAACUCAAAGAGUCCAUACAAUACCCGACGAUAUUCAAGCGAUUUAAAUGCCGAAACAUUUCAGAGAUUCAAUGGAGUGAUGCUGAGGAGCAUUGAGUGCAGUGAAUGCCACACCUGUAGCCUCACUGACGACUCUUUCGCCGACAUUCAUAUCCCUCUCUGUCUUAAUGAUGACAGAAGUGGCGACAAAUCGGUGACAGACGUGGAAAUGCAGUCAUUCGCUGAUAUAAUCCAUAGAAAGGAUUAUUUAAAAGAUGACAAUAUGUAUAACUGUCACAACUGUCGCAAGAAAACAAACGCUUCGGUUAGAAAUACCAUUAAAGUUGCGCCACAAGUGAUGAUCUUAUUCAUGAAGAGACCGUUUGGAUUCACUUUAAAGGUGACCAGAAAUAGCGCAAAACCUCCGCCAAAAAAGGUGUUCAAAGUGCCGCUUAAUAUCGAUUACACUCUUAACGAUAGUGUCAUUAAAUACUCAUUGUAUGGGUUUGUUGUGCACACAAUGGGAUCCAAUAUAAACAACGGCCACUACUAUGCGGUCAUCAACUCAUCGCACGAAGAGACCAGUGUUCACACCAGACGUCUCAACGACUGCAUGUGUGGCCACAAUAUACUCGCAAACAACGACUGGAUUAAAGCCAAUGACAAUAAUAUCAUUAAGUUUAGUGAAACAAGACUUCAUUCGUUGUUAAACGACGACAGCAUCGCUUCGACCGCUUAUUUAGCUUUUUAUCGACAAAUUGAAUGA